AUGACAACUAAAAUUUCCACAGAAUUAUUGAUUGUGAUUUUAAAUAAUGUUCAAUCAACUCAAGAUUUAUAUUCAUCAUUAUUAGUUAAUCGAAUCUGGUGUAAAGUUACUAUUCCAAUACUUUGGGAAUUACCUUUCGGUCAAGAAUAUUGUACAGAUUAUAAGUUGGAGAAGCAAGCAUUAAGUAUUCGAACUUAUAUAUCAUGUAUGGAUACUCAAGCUAGAAACUUACUUAUUCAAAAUGGAUUUGAUUUAUCAUCAUCACCACCUCAAGCCACUUUUGAUUAUCCAUCAUUCAUUCAUAAAUUUAUAAUUAAUAAUUUUUUUUAUCUUAUUUCCAUAUAUUCACGAAAAAUUAUUGGUCCUUAUUCAGAUGAUAACGGAUCGAGAAUAUUAUUUCGUGAGAUGUAUAGAUUAAUAAUAGAACGUUGUAUAUUUUUGGAUUCUUUUAAGAUAGUCAUGGGUUUUCCUGAUUAUUUUUUUCUAAAAUAUAGUGAUUUAAUUGUUUCAAUUCUUAAGUUACCUGGUGCCUUGAAAGUACUUAAGAAUUUAGAAAGUUUUACUUCGACAAUUAGAUAUAAUGAACAAUUUCAUCCAUUAUAUGAAUCAUUGACAUUAAUUUGUAAUAAUAUUUUAAAUAUGGAUUUGGAAUUGAACACAAAUUCUCAAGUACAAUUAUUAGUAAACCUUAUUGGUGUUCAAAAACGGUUAGAAAAUCUAUCAAUUUCAGCUUAUCAUAUUUAUAGUCUAGAUUGUAAUUCAUUAUUAUGGGAGAUAAUUGGUCAAAAAGAAACAUUAAAGAGGCUUCAUUUAUAUUCAGUAAGUUUUAAUCAAUUCGAGUGUAAAUCAUCACCAAUAGGACAAUUUAUUUCACUUCAAGAACUUUGUAUUGUAAAUUGUAAUGGAUUGGAUAAAUCAGAUAGUUUAUUCUUCGCUUCAGCAUUUACUCAAUUAAGUAGCUUUCAUUGUUUUUAUUCGAGUCAUACAAAUAAUUGGUAUCCUCAAAAAUUUAUUAUAAAAAUUCUCGAAACAGCCAAUACAAAUUUAAAAAAUAUUUGUUUAGAUUUAAAUUCCGUGAUUACAUUAGACAUAUUUUCAACAAUUUUAAAUUAUUGUACAAGGAUUACAGAAUUAACUUUAUAUAAUUUAAGUUCUGAACAAGUAAUAACAAUUUUUAAUAAUAAUUUUAAUGAAUUAAGAAGUUUUUCAUUUAAUUGUGGAAAAGAAUUUGAUGCUAAUGAAUUAUUGUGCCAAAUGGCCGAAAAUGCACCAGAAUCACUUGAAAUUAUUGAAAUUAGAAUGGGAAGAUUUACUACUGAUAGUUUAAGAAAAUUUGUUGAAGGGUGGUGUUGUAAAGGAAGAGGAGGAAAUAAAAAGAUUAUUGUAAUACGUACAGAACAAGCUCGACUGUUUAGAUUAAGUGAUGAUCAUUUUAAAGUUAUUGAAAAAUAUGGAGUUCAAAUUAAUAUAAAAGAAUAA